AUGCCGGAAGCUUCUGUUCAGAAUCCACUAAGGCUUUCUGAAAAUGGAAAUACUCGUUCAAUGUUUCUGUCCGCAUCACAACCACAGCGGCCACCUUUCCCUAUGUCGGUACGUAAUGCCACAACAAGGUUGGAUUUGUCAAAUUUCCAGGUGCUGAAUCCAUCCGCUAAAAGACAGAACUCAAGCUCAGUGUACAAUGAUAUAAAUAGCAGUAAGAGGCGAAUAAAUGAAUCCAGGUUUUUAGAUGUUGAAGACAACACUAAUGAUAGUACCCCGUCGGAGAGAACAAUAAUUUGCCAUUCAAGGCCAAAACCUUCUCCCAGGUAUUCGAAUAGUCCCAAAAGGUCCCUGAAAAGAGAAAAUUCUGUUGAAGUCACGGGAUCUUAUCCUUUGAUAUCGAAACCCGCUAGCCAAAGUGGGAAAAACAAUGCAUAUGACAAACGUAGCUCGAAAAAUUUGGUAAAAUCACUGGAAAUUUCAAGUCGUAAUAGCUUGCUAAACCCUUCAAAAAGUUCAUUAGCCUUUGUAGAUGCAGAGGCAGAUGGACAGUCCAAUAAUGACAUUAUUGGAAAUUUCCAACAUAAAUCUAAUAAUAGAGAACAUAUCCAUGACGGAGAUAACAAUGCCAAUAACCAAAGUUUAGAUUACAGUGGUAACAACGACAACAACAACUAUAACGACAGCUAUAACAACAGUAAUAAUAACAAUAAUAAUAAUAACAAUAAUAAUAAUAAUAACAAUAAUAAUAAUAGCAGUAACAACAACAACAACAAUAACAAUAACAAUAACAAUAAUAAUAUUAAUAAUAAUGAUGAUAAUAACGAGGCGGAAGAAGAUGAUGCUUGCAGAUCCGCAAAUAGUAAAAGGUCAAGCAUCGCUCUGAUUCAGAAAUUGCAAGAACUGUACAAAGUAAUAGUUAAGCAAGAAAUCGAAUUGCAAGAGCGAUGUUCGCAAUUGACAAAUUCUCAAACCACAGAAUUGAAAAGUCUAUGGACUAUCUAUAGGAUCAAUACCGAGCUGAUAAACAAUUAUGUCACCUUUAUCACUACAGCCUUACUGCCCUCUCAGCCACUUCACGAUUUGCUCAUUGGUCAAGAAAUUGUUGAAAUUUAUCGAAUCGAAAGGAGACUGUGGGUUUAUGGUACAAUAACUUUUCUCGACGUUCUCAAAAAUUUCUCCAAUUUCAUGGACCCUGAGGUUUGUUGUCAAUUUAUCACUCAUGUUUUUGUUUCAUUAUCAACAAUGAUUUCUGACAUACCAUCCAAAUACUCAAUUACCUGGUUACAAAGAUUAGGUGACUUGUCAAGAAUGGCUAUAGCACUAUACCCUUCAAGUUUUAUUGAUUGGAAACUAAGUGCUGAACACUGGUAUACCGAAGCAAUGAAAUACAUUUAUAAUCAUGGUAAGCUCUAUUACCAUAUGUCCACAGUACAACAAAACACUUUGGAAGCCUUUGUGAAUUUGGGGAAAAGUGUUUUUUGUCAAGAAACGUUCACUCCAUCUCCACAGUAUAUGCAGUUGGUCAUUGAUAACAUUUAUCAGAGAGCUUUUGUUGAAAGGAAUAAUGGUAACCUCAGGAACUCUCUAUUAAUUGAAUAUUUGAAACAUAGUGAAGCUAUGCUGUUGCCCAGUUUUUUAGAGAGUCCAGAUUUACAGAAUGUUGUAGUGAGCUAUUUUGUUGAAAAAUUUGGUAUAGAUGCGAACGGUUGCAAUAUUUUCAACCCAGAGGAUAUGUUCAUUCAAAAUCCUGAUUUUUUCAAAUAUUUUUUCAGACAUGCUCCAUCUUUUGCGCAAUCUCAUAUUUUACAAAUUGUUGGAUUUGGAGAGCCAAAGAAUCCCUUUGCCAUUUUGUUUGAAUUACCGAAGUAUUUGAAGGAAAGAAAGGAUAAGAAGGAGCGUAAGAAAUCCUCAAAUAAUGAUUCUUCGGUAACAGAAAGCUCAACAGGCAAUAGCCGAAAUGAUAAUAAUGAUGACGAUGAAAUCAUGAGCUCCACCGCGUCCAUAUCUGAUCAUGACUUCCUGGCAGAAUUUUUUAAUGAUAUCGAUACUUUACGACGCCCGAUACUGCCAUCAAUGCUAACAAGUGAGGCUUGGCUGGAAACACUAAAGUUUUUAAAUAUGACUUCGCUAAAAUGCGGUAUGAUAGUUCUUCGAAAGUUCCUUCAUGGCCCCUUAGGAAUUGCCUUACCUCAUAUCUUACCGUGGAUAUACUUUAUAAUUGCAACUUGCUUGAAAAGUAACCAGUUGAGCGAUCCAACUAGCAAAGAUUUUUGGAUGAUUAUUGUCAAGAGAGUGUUUCCCUGGGACACCAUAGUCACCUUUAUGAACGUUCUGAUAGCAUAUUUACUGGACAAUGAAGCAUUAAAUCCAAUUAUUGGGGAAUUAUGCAGUAAAUAUGGCACUUUGAAUCUUGCCGGACUUUUAGAAUCAUUCAAUGAGAGUGAAGAAUUGCCAGAAAUUUGGAAUUGUUGGGGUACAUUAUGGUUUGACACUAUUUGUCAAAAAAAUGCACAUUCGAUUAGUAGUGACGAUAAUUUUCAAGAAAUUGGUAUAAAAGACUAUAUGGCACUGGAUGCCCCGACUGAUGGGAUUAUAUUUGAUGAUAAGGAUGAAAGUGGUGAAAAAUUCUGGAAAAGGGCAUGUAGAAUCAUUUUUCUUUUCAGAGAGUUAUCGAGAACUUUCCCAAUAGGAGUGAUAGUCAGCAAUGAUCCAUUGAUAAAAUGUUCUUCGUCACAAAGCAGUAUUAUAUUAAGAAAUCUAGUGUACAAACUUGAACCCUUAAGUAAUAUACGGAGUAAUACCCCGAUAUUAACUGCGCUGGAAAAUUCUGUUGACAUCUCUGAGGCAAGAAGCAAGAACAAUAUUGAUUUGUACGCUGUGCCUGAAUUAAGUGUCAACAGUGGCGAUAAUAUUUUCCACUAUACCGGCUACAAAAAACUUCGCCCUGAUUAUACAUGCUUUGAUAGGAAUGGGGAAUUUUUAAGUGCCUCGCUUUACACCAGAUGGUAUCUUCCGAACGGCAAUAACAUCUCAGAAGCAUUAGUGAAUUCCGACAUUGAGAAGGGAGACGAAGAUCUAUUUCUGGAGUGCAUGAAGCCAGAUUGCCCUGGAAUUGAUUUUGAAACCACAUACUUCGUCUUUGACGCCACAUCAUGGUUGAGACACUCAGCACGCAUAUUCAAGCUAGCGCAGAAUAGGCUAUUGAAAUUUGCUAUUUGCCUGACGACAUUCCAAGAGUUAAGAUUUCUACGCAAAUCAAAAGAUGAGAAUGUCAUGGAGGCGGCCACAAGAGGUAUAAUAACCAUUAGACAGCUUUACUACGAGGACAAAGUAUUGCCUUUGCGAUUUACGGGUAACGUAGCGACACACAUCGAGGAAAACUUAGAAUUUGAAGAACAAAUAACAUGGAGAACACAUGUUGACGAAUUUGUAAUCGAAUCCAUAAAGAAAGCACAAGAAAAACUGGAAAACGCAGGUCAACCUCAUGUAACCCCUCGCCACUCCAACUACGUGGUUUUAAUAUCCGAUGAUGACACUAUGAAGAAAAAAGCAGAAGAAAAAGAAAUAAAAACGCUAAGCACAAAAUUUGUCUUUUCCUUGUGCACAAAACUCGGCGAGAAGCGCCAUUUAUGCACAGAUUAA